AUGGCGAGGAGAGUUUCCCGCACUGCACUGCAAGGGUUGAGUGCUUGUUUCAUCCACUGCAUCGAAGCUGUUUCUGGACAAAUGAGAGGAAAGACUUUGCAAAACAAUAUGAAAGUGCCCUCGGGUAGUGGUGGUGGGGACCUGGUGGGAGGGUUGGUUGGUGGGCUUCUCGGUGGUGGAGGAGGCCUUGGUGGGGGUGGAGGAGGAGGUGGCAGUUCUGAUGGUCCAGGUUCUUACAAUAAUGGUGGCAUCCUAGGAAAUGGAGGAAUCCUGGGAGGACUGCUUGGAGGAGGAGGCCUUCUUAGCAUACUGGGCAAUGGAGGGAUCCUAAACACAGUCCAGGGGAUAACUGGCCUAAGAAUUAUAGACCUUACACUUCCACAAGUUUCUUUACAUCUCCUGCCAGGAAUCGGUGUUCAUCUUAAUUUAUAUACAAAAGUGGCAAUUAAUGGUAACAGCCUGCUAGGAUUCCUUGAUAUCUUGGUUGAAGUAAAUAUCACAGCAAGAACCAGACUAACACAGGAGACAUCAGGAGUUCCCCGUUUAGUUAUUGAGGACUGUCACGCGCUUCUGGGUGGUGUAAAUAUUCGGCUACUUAGGGGACUCCUAUCAGGAAUUUUGGAUGGACUUGUCAGAAAUCUUCUUCAAGGCGUUUUACCGGGACUGCUAUGCCCAGUGUUGAACGUUGUGCUAGACUUGACGAAUGGCCUUCUACUAUCAGUAAACUCAAUUGUUCCUCUUGGCUUAGUUGGCAGUAUUCAGUAUACAGUAUCAAGCCUACCUAUAGUAACUGGCCAGUUUAUUGAGCUGGAUUUGAACACAGUAGUGGGUCAGCUGGGCGGUGGACUAAUUGAUUACCCCCUGGGCCACGUUCAACAAAUUUCAUUACCACCAAUGAAAGAAGCAUCUGAGAGCCAGCUGGGUUUGUCUGCCAAUUUCUUGGGCAGUGUCCUCACUGCUUUGCAGAAAGAAGGUCUAAUGGAUCUUGAAGUAACAAACGGAGAUAUACCCGGACUCCCCCCUCUGACAACUACUGUUCUUGGUGGAAUCAUUCCAAAGGUUGCUGCUAUGUAUAAGGAAGAAAGACCUCUGGUGAUGAAGAUUUCUGUUCCUUCGGCUCCUAUGGUCAAACUGCAGAAUAAGCGGGGUAUUGUGAAACUAUAUGUGAGAACAGAAGUCUUUGUCUCUAACGUAGACCGUUCCUUGACACCCGUCUGUGUUCUUGGUGUGGAUGCACAGUUAGAGGCCCAGUUUUCUGUUGGAGGCGAUAAACUAAGGAUUUCCAUGUCUAUAGAGAGGUAA